AUGCCAGGUAAACGAGGUGCAAAUGUUUCAGAGUCGGAGUGGGCAUCCGAAGCAAGAUCUAAGAAAGACUUAGCAUGGCAUGAUGUUGCAAUGUGUCGAAACUUCAGAUAUUCGAGGACUGGCGAACUUGAAGUUCUUGUACGAUAUGCUGGGUUUGGCAAGGUGGAGGAUGAGUGGGUGAAUGUGAAAAGCGAGAUGCGAGAGAGAUCUAUCCCAUUGGAACCUUCUGAGUGUCACAAGGUGAAGGAUGGAGAUCUUGUACUAUGUUUCCUGGAAAGGGGUGAUUAUGCCCUCUAUUUUGAUGCUCGUGUAGUAAGAAUCCAUAGGAGGCUACACGAUGCGACAGAUUGCAAGUGCAUCUUCACUGUUCGAUUUCUCCAUGACAACUCUGAGGAAGAAAUUCAUUGGAAGGGGGUAUACUAUAGGCCUACACAAGACGAAUCGACACAAGAGAAAUCUAUUGUCUGUCAUGGCUCCCCAAAACCUACACAAGAGGAAUCUACUGUCCGCCAUAACUCCUCAGGACCUACCAAAGAACCCAACCUAAGUGACAUAGAGAACUUGUGGCCAUGA